AUGCUCGACUACCUGCGCCAUCACAACUACAAGGUGACCCGUCACAUCACAUCUAAUCUGUUGAUGGUCACCUUGGUCUUUGGCAUGAGUGUAUUCACAUUUGGAUAUGAGGGCUCAACACUCAACACCAUUCAGGCCAUGACACCGUUUGAACAACGGUUCGGCGACUAUAUUCCAGCCAAGAAGGCCUUCGGAUUCACAUCUAAUAAGUUGGCUUACAUGAACUCAUUCCCUCUUCUCGUCUACGCCGUCGGUGUAAUAUGCGGAGCUCAGAUCGGCGAGCGAUGGGGCCGGAGGCUGGUGUUCUUUCUCACCAAUAUUGUUUGCAUGGCCGGAACAAUCAUUGUUUACACCGCAAAGAGUUACAAUCAGCUACUCGCUGGCCGGAUGAUUGUCAAUUUCCACGUCGGCAUGGAGGCUUUUCUCAUUCCGAUGUUCCAGGCCGAGAUCGCACCAGCCGCCGUUCGGGGCUCACUCACAGCCAUUUACGGUGUAAAUGGCGUCUUCGCAGCCUUCAUUGCGUCCAUUAUAACCGAUGUUACGAGCAAGCUCACUGAUGACAAUUGCUGGAAGAUUCCGGUGGGGAUUGGCUUCAUUUUCCCGGCUUUCUCUCUAUGCUUCUGGGUUCUCAUCCCUGAAUCUCCGCGAUGGCUACUUCGGAAAGGUCAAUAUGCCAAGGCAGUUGAGAAUCUGGAUUAUCUCUACGGAGCAAUGCCAAACUACGAUGCUGAAAAGGAGGCCAAGCUUCUCCAAGAAGCUCUCAACACGAGUGAAACCACUGGAAAGUGGAAGGACUUGGUCAAGGGCACGAAUCUGCGUCGUACCGUCAACGGUCUCAUUGCCGCUGCGUUUGCUCAACUUUCUGGUUCAUCAUUCUCCAACCUGUACGGCACGAUCUUUUUGAAGAGCUUGAAGGUUAUUGAUCCGUUCAUGGCAACCAUGGUCAAGCGAGGGCUCUUGCUUGCGACCGCAAUCACUUUCAUGUUCAUCAUUGACAAGGCUGGCCGACGUCCGCUUUUCUUAUACAUGGGCCUCAUGCAAACGGCAGUUCUCAUGGUUAUGGGUGGAUUGGGUACGAUCUCACAUCCAACGGUCGACAUCAACAAGGGCAUUGUAGCAUUGACAAUGAUGUUCCCUAUCUUCCAUUUCGUGUCUUUCGGUGGCCCUUUGCAACUUACUAAGACCGAGAUUCCCCACAUCACCCUCCGGGACAAGUCAGUCAUGCUUUUCUGGCUGAUGGCCAACCUCUGCAACUUUAUCUCAUCUUUCACCUUGCCCUACCUGCUGCAGGAACCGGCGAACCUUGGUUCCCGAGUCGGCCUGAUCUACGGUUCGAUCUCAGCCUGCGGACUGGUCUGGGGCUGGUUCUGUAUGCCCGAGAUGUCCAAGAAAUCUCUCGAGGAGAUUGAUGAGAUGUUCGCCGCUGGUGUCCCAGCCUGGAAGUCAAGACAUUGGCGAGGCGAGCAAACUGCUAGGAUCACCGAGUUGGAGAACAACGGUGUGGUGCCUAGCGACAGCGACAGUGAGAGGAACAGCAUUGCGAAGUCUGACUUGCAACCUGUUGUUCAAGAAAAGCCAUCUAAGAUUUGA